AUGGAUAUUAGGCGGCGUGAAAGCAAGACGGAAUCAAGUAGUAGAGAGAAACGUAUUUAUGAGAAGGAUCAGAUGAAUCAAGACUCUUUUAUUGAGGAAUUAGCAGAGGAGUUUCGAUUGCCAAUUACACACAGAGUUACUGAAAAUGUUGAUCUGGAUGAUGUGGAGCAAGCAUCAUUAGACACAAAGAUAACGUCAUCGAAUGUCGGGUUUCGUCUUCUUCAGAAAAUGGGUUGGAAAGGAAAAGGUCUCGGAAAGCAAGAGCAAGGCAUAACGGAGCCUAUAAAAUCUGGUAUUAGGGAUCGAAGACUUGGUCUAGGAAAACAAGAAGAAGACGAUUAUUUCACUGCAGAGGAAAAUAUCCAGCGGAGGAAACUUGAUAUCGAGAUCGAGGAAACUGAGGAGAUUGCAAAGAAACGGGAGGUCCUAGCAGAACGUGAGCAGAAGAUCCAGAGCGAUGUAAAAGAAAUCCGUAAAGUCUUCUACUGUGAACUCUGCAGCAAACAGUAUAGAACGGUGAUGGAGUUUGAAGGUCACUUGAGCUCAUACGAUCACAACCAUAAGAAGCGAUUCAAAGAAAUGAAAGAAAUGCAUGGUGCAAGCAGCCGCGAUGAUAGGAAGAAGCGAGAACAGCAGCGUCAAGAGAGGGAGAUGACUAAAAUGGCUGAUGCUCGCAAACAACAUCAAAUGCAACAGAACCAGCAAGAAGACCCACAGAAGGUCCCGGUUUCUUUACCAGCCAAGACCACAGUUGCACCACUUGCUGACCAAGAUCAGCGAAAAACACUGAAGUUUGGCUUCUCUUCCAAAAGCGGCAGUGUAUCAAAGAGCCAACCCACAAGCAGCAUCAAAAAGCCAAAAGUAGCAAUUGCAUCAGUUUUUGGUAACGAUAGCGACGAAGAGUAA